AUGGCAACACAGAAUAAACAAAUUACUGACGUCCAACUUGACGAAAUUACCUUAAAGAAAACUUGUCAAACUAUUGUGCACUCAGCAGAUUUAAAGACAAUAACUAUUAAACAAGUAAGAAGGGAUGCUGAAGCUAAACUCGGAUUAACAGAUAAAUUUCUAGAUAAGCAACCUUGGAAGGAUCUUAUACGUGAGUUUGUUGAUGAAGCGAUCCAGAAUUCGAAAUCAAAGGAUUUACCUGGUGCAUAUUCAUCAAGAUCAAAACCUAGAAGAGUUGAAGACUUUAAAGACAAUAACAUUGUUGAAGAUGGUGGAUCAGUAAUGGCCCUUGAGAACAAAGUGGCACAAGAAUCAGACCAAUUAUUAAAUAAAUCCCAGACGAAAAAGUUCAAAAAUGACAAAUCUGCCAACAGUAAUAUGGAAGAUGAUAGUGAAAAUGAUAUUAACAGUGAAUCAAAACGAUCGAAUGAUGCGGAGGUAUCCGACGAGUAUGAAAUAGUCAAAAAAGUGAGAAAGGCAAAAUCCACUACAAUUAAACGCACGAGCUCUAAUAUCAGUGAUAGUCACAGUGAACUUGAGGAUGAUCUACCAAAGAAACGCAAGACUGGAAAAGGAAGAAACGUACAAGUUGCUUCGCCUAACGAUGAUGAAGAAGCAACCAUCAAGGAAUUGAAAGCGUUUAUUGUAAAAUGUGGAGUACGUAAAGUCUGGUCGAAAGAACUAGCCGAUUGUGACACUAUCUCAAGUCAAAUCGAUAGAUUAAAUAAAAUUCUUAGAGAUUUGGGAAUCAAAGGUCGGCCAACUCUAGAAAAAUGUAACAGGGUUCGUAAACGUCGAGAACUUGAGGCAGAGCUUAACUCGAUGGACGUUGGUAAUAUUGUUUCAGAUGACAUUAAAGAGGGCCGUAAAGCUCGUGCUUCCAGAGGCAUAUUUAAUCCUACUGGUCGUCGUAUAAGUCGUGUAAAACGUCAAAUAGAGGAGGAAACGGAUAAUGACGAUUCUUCCAUUGAUAUUAACCAAGAUUCUGAGUGA